GAUGAUGCCCUUUACAACUUGAAUCUUGCUUUGGACAUUGCAGAAAAAGAACUGGAUAUCCCCAAGAUGCUGGAUGCAGAAGAUAUUGUGAAUACACCCAAACCUGAUCAGAGGGCUCUUAUGACGUACGUUUCGUGUUUCUAUCAUGCUUUUGCUGGAGCAGAGCAGGCUGAGAUGGCAGCCAACAGGAUUUGCAAGAUACUGGCAGUGAAUCAGGAGAAUGAAAAGUCAAUGGGAGAGUAUGAGAGGCUGGCCAGUGAGCUGCUGCAAUGGAUUCAGAGGACCAUUCCCUGGCUGGAAAAUCGAUCUUCUGAGAAGACAAUGCAAGCCGUGCAACGGAAAUUGGAAGAUUUUCGGGACUACCGUCGUUUGCACAAGCCUCCCAAAAUCCAGGAGAAGUGUCAGUUGGAAAUCAACUUCAACACUUUGCAGACCAAGCUGAGGAUCAGCAACAGACCAGCCUUCAUGCCCUCUGAGGGAAAAAUGGUUUCAGACAUUGCAGGUGCUUGGCAGCGCCUUGAGCAGGCAGAAAAGGGAUAUGAAGAAUGGCUUCUGACCGAAAUAAGGAGAUUGGAGCGAUUAGAUCACCUCGCUGAGAAAUUCAGACAGAAAGCUACAACUUAUGAAGCGUGGUCACAUGGGAAAGAUUAUAUUUUGAUGCAGAAAGAUUACGAAUCUGCCUCCUUGACUGAAAUGCGGGCUUUACUGAGAAAACAUGAGGCAUUUGAGAGUGACUUGGCUGCACACCAGGACCGCGUGGAGCAGAUUGCUGCCAUUGCACAGGAACUGAAUGAGUUGGAUUAUCACAAUGCUGCUGAAGUAAAUGCAAGGUGCCAGAAAAUCUGUGAUCAGUGGGACAAUUUUGGAACACUCACACAGAAACGAAGAGAGGCUUUAGAGAGAGCCGAGAAAUUACAAGAAACCAUCGAUCAACUCUUCUUGGAGUUUGCUAAACGAGCUGCCCCGUUUAACAACUGGAUGGAAGGAGCAAUGGAAGAUCUUCAAGACAUGUUUAUUGUUCACAGUAUUGAAGAAAUCCAGAGUCUAAUAGCAGCACACGAACAGUUUAAAGCUACCUUGCCAGAAGCAGACAGCGAGAAGCAAGCCAUCCUGGGAAUCCUGAAUGAAGUACAGAAGAUUACUCAGACCUAUAACAUCUCAUCCACUGUGUCAAAUCCUUAUAGCAUGAUAUCACGUGAAGAGAUCAGUGCAAAAUGGGACAAGGUGAAGCAAUUGGUUCCUCAGAGAGAUGCAGCCCUGCAAGAGGAGCUUGUACGGCAACAUGGUAAUGAACGUCUGCGUCGCCAGUUUGCCAGCCAGGCAAAUGUCAUUGGACCUUGGAUCCAGCGUAAGAUGGAGGAAAUAGCUCAAAAUUCUAUUGAAAUGAGUGGAACCCUGGAAGAUCAGAUGAAUCAAUUGAAACAGUUGGAGGAGGUCAUCAUUAACUAUAAACCCAACGUUGACAAACUGGAAGGAGAUCAUCAACUUAUUCAAGAGGCCCUAAUCUUUGACAACAAGCACACCAAUUAUACGAUGGAGCACAUUCGCGUUGGCUGGGAGAUGCUUCUUACUACAAUUGCCAGGUCCAUGAAUGAAAUUGAGACCCAGAUUUUAACUAGAGAUGCUAAAGGAAUCACUCAACAACAGAUGAAUGAAUUCCGGUCUUCAUUCAGCCAUUUUGACAGGGAUGUUUCUGGCAAACUGCAACCAAAGGAUUUCAAAGCCUGCCUCAUCAGCCUUGGACAUAUUGGAAAUGAUAAACAGAAGAAGAAUGGGGCGAUGGAGCCAGAUGAUCUCAGAGCUUGCCUCAUCUCCAUGGGCUUUGAUUUGGGUGAGGCUGAGUUUGCUCGGAUCAUGAAUCUAGUUGAUCCAAACAAUACUGGCCUGGUGUCAUUCCAGUCUUUCAUCUCCUUCAUGACCCGAGAGACCGCUGACACAGAUACAGCGGAACAAGUUGUGGCUUCCUUUAGGAUUCUGGCUGGAGAUAAACCUUACAUCCUAGCUGAGGAAUUGCGUCGAGAGCUGCCCUCCGAGCAGGCUGAAUAUUGCAUUGCCAGCAUGCCACCAUACCGAGGGCCCAAUGCCGUUCCGGGAGCCCUGGAUUAUGUCUCAUUUUCGACUGCACUCUAUGGUGAAAGUGACCUGUGAAAAAUGGACUCAGAUGCAGAGUCUGUUCUUUCUUUCCAAAGCCUGGAUAUUUUAGGAAUUAAAAGCAUAGAACAAUAAAUAAUAGCCUUAAAUGCAAUGUUAGAUGUGGAUCUUUAAAAAAGAUGCAGAGCUGUGUGUGGCACCAGGGAAAAUUGAUGGAAGUACCAUCUCCUUGUAUGAAUUAUGUUUUAAUACAAAAAUUUUAAAAAAAAUCAGGAUUUGGUACUGGAAACAUACAUGUCACUGCAAAAUCUGAUUAACUCAUUUUGUUUUAAAGUCUGCUUGUUAACUAUUGCUUGUUGAACAUUGACUUUGUACACAAGUUACUGACAGGAUCUUUUGUGAGCAGUUUGUAGAUCCUGUUACAGUAUUUGUAAGGAACAGCUCAAGCAUUCCUGAGUUACCAAAGAAAAUGUCACAGGAAUAAUUAGAAUCAGAUGAUAUCAUUCUGGGCCAGUUCAGAAUACAAAGAAAAACAUAUAGCUCUCUGGAUCUCCAGCCACCUUAAUAGUUUUCUCUAUCUGGUUCGUAUUUGAAACUGCCAAGGGUAUUCACCUGCACAAUAUCAUGUAAAGCCUAUGCCCACUACUCACCACCGUGUGUGCAAAGUAAUUAAAUUUAAACUGUCAGAGCUUAAGUCUUUACUCCUUUUUGUCAUGUUUAGUGAUCAUUAAUCAUCUUCAACUUAUCAAUUACUUUUUAAAAUUCUGAAUACCUCUAAUGUGAAAUGAUAGUGUCAUUGGGGUGGUCUUUGAAGUGUAACAGUACAAAAAGGAAGAUUAAAGGAAUUCAACAAACACAGGCUUGAUACAUUUUCCUUUAUGAAGCUAUUGUAAAAUAUAACAAUUGACAUUUUUACCACUGCUGAUGUUUGAAAUAUUAUUAAAAUAUGCACUUGCUAAA